AUGGAUGGAGGAGAGUCAGUAAGGUCAGGUCGAAGUGAAAGGUCAGAGAGAUCACAUCGUAGUCAUGGCAGUGCGCAUCCACGACAUCAUCGUCAAUCGUCUGGACGAUCAAGUGGUCAUCAAAGUAGACGAGAUCGAGAAAGAGAUUAUAGAGAUGAUCGUUCAGUAACUAUUCAAGCACCAGGACAUGGAUCAGAGGUGGAAGGUGAGGAGAGAAUCCAAGUUCAAGUUAUACCACAAGAUGAUAAUUGGGGUGACAAUACCACUGCCAUUACUGGUAAUACAAGCGAGACUGGGUUCUCUAUGGAAGAUAUGCGGAAGUUUGCCAAGGAGAUGGAUGAUGGAUAUAGUGUAGGAUUUGAUUGUGCUAGAUAUGUUGGUACUGCCCUGGCAGCAGUAUUAAGUAUUUUUGGAUUUUUAUCACCAAUAGCUAUGAUUGUGUUGCCUAAAUUGGGUAUUUUUGACUGGAAGAGUGACAAUAAUAAAGGUGAAGAUUCUUUGCAAUGUAAACCUGAAUGUGAAGGACUUCUUAUAAGCUUUGCCUUUAAACUACUUAUACUGCUUAUAGGAACUUUUGCUCUGUUUUUCCGACAACCUAAGGCAACUAUGCCAAGGGUAUUUGUAUUCCGUGCUGUUGUUUUAUUCCUUGUGUUUGUGCUAACUUUUGCCUUCUGGCUGUUUUAUGGUGUACGCAUUCUAAAAGAAAGACAAACUGAAUACUAUGCUAUCGUACAGUUUGCUGUUUAUCUUGUAGAUAGCUUACUGUUUAUACACUAUCUUGCUAUAGCAUUGUUAGAAAUUCGACAGCUACAACCACAGUUUGUUGUCAAGGUAGUUCGUUCACCAGACGGUAAAUCACAAUGUUACAAUCUAGGAUUACUCAGUAUUCAACGAGCAGCUGUUUGGAUUCUAGAACAGUAUUACAAAGAUUUUGAAGUGUAUAAUCCAUAUUUAGAAAAUGCGACCAAGAAACCUGCUAAGCUUACUGGCUUUAAAGUUUAUGAUGUAGAUGGACCCAAUCAAGCUAAUCAACAAGGACGAUCCCGAGCUGUAUUUGCUGCAGCUGCAAGAAGAAGAGAUGCUAGUCAUAAUGAUAGGUUCUAUGAAGAGGUUGAGUAUGAUAGAAGAAUCAGAAAGCGGAAAGCCAGAUUGAUAGUUGCUGCAGAAGAGGCUUUCUCUCAUAUAAAAAGAAUGCAGGAAGAACAAGGACCAGCUAUUCCAAUGGAUCCACAAGAAGCUGCUCAAGCUGUUUUCCCAUCAAUGGCUAGAGCAUUACAAAAAUAUCUUCGUAUCACCCGUCAACAACCCCGAUAUACCUUUGAAUCAGUGUUAAACCAUUUGGCUGUAUGUAUCGGACAUGAUAUUAGUCCUCGUAGUUUUGUAGAGAAAUAUUUAUCACAGGGAGCUGUCAUAAUGAAUGAUAAAGACUAUAAAUCUAUACAGAGAUGGGUGCUAGUUUGUGAUCAGUUGCUGACUCGAGAAUGUGAACACGGCACUAUUUUUCAACUUCGUCAGGGAGAGGUGUCUUUAUUAUGUUCCAUACGUAAAAUACCACAUUUCAGUCUUACAGAGGAGGUGAUUGAUCCUAAAAGUAACAAAUUUGUGUUACGUCUGAAUUCUGAAACCUCUGUGUAAAAUUUUAAGAUGUUUUACAACUUUCUACAACUCUGUGUAAUACUGUAUGUAUGUAUAUAAAUGUGCAAUUUUUGUUUGCGGUUGUGAUUAUAUGUGAUGCAACGAUUUAGUCUUUACAGCUGAUGGUGUUUUUCUGCUGGAAAAUAAGUACAAGACUAUUUUAUACUGUAGUGCUUAUAUUUAGGAAUAUUCUGAUAACUUGAAUGGUCUCUUUCUGUACAGAUAUAAGCUAGAGUUCACUGUUCAUUAGGUCCACUCAUUGAAAUAUAUAAAUGAACUCUUCCACUUACACAUAUUUUGCAUGCAAUAGUUUGGCAUGGUUUGUAGAAGAAGAGAUCAUUAACCAAAGUCAUAUUAAGACUGAUAUGGGCCUCUGCCUCUUUCUGACUCUAAAUGUCAUCAGAAUUUAUUCAAUAUUGGAAAUAAGGUGAAAAUUUUGUACUAAAUAUAUGUGGUUGUUUAUAUCUGUGCAUUAUGUAGCUUUUGUAGCUCCAAGUAUAUAUGAUAAAAAAAAUUUUGAUGUGUAUUUUUUUUUCCUAAAGAAGGAUGUUUGUUUUAAAAGAAUAUGAUGACUGAGUGUAGAUAUUGAUGUUUUAUCAUUUUAUCAGUGCAAGGGAUUAAUUUGCAAUGACCUCUUGAAGAAUAUGCAUAUACAAACUUAAUUUGCAAUUACAAACUUACUCAAUCAAAAUGGUAUAUAGCAUUAUUUAUCAACCAAAUUAUAAUCAAGACCUCAAUUUUUCUUUAUAAUCAUUUUCACGUAAUACAUAGCAGUAGACUAAUUCACUUUUAUAUUCAUCCAACUUUUUUAGUCUCAUAUUCAUUUUUCAUAAUUUGUAAAUUUUUGAUCAAAAUGAUGUUUCCAAAUAUAUUUUGUAUUCAUUUGCACAUUUUGAGACCUCAAGACUCAAGUUAUGCUGGCUAAAGUCAAACAAAUUUAGAGCAACUUGUGGCAUAGUUAUAAUGUUUGCGUCUUAGUAUUGUUUGAUUUUACAGUCUGAUCUGUCUCAAAAUUAGUGUCAAAUAGUCAUAUUUGGAGUAAUAUUGUGUCCUUUUACAAACUGUGUCAUCACUGCAAUCUGAUCAAAAUCUAGAUAACAAUUUCUUCGGGAGUGGUUUAACCUUGGGUUAAAAGCAUGAAAUCUUUAAAUUGCUCUAUCUACUAUUGAAUCAGAUUGUCAGAGCUGCUCAUUUGUAAAAUCACCCUUAUAUUAACGAGACUGCAAAUUGAAAGUGUCAUAAAUUUUAGUGCUUUAAUUUUGUUUUCAACAAUUGAUGAUAUUUUUAACUUUUUAUUUGAUAU